ACGUUUAUCAAGGUUGUUAAACCUGUGGGUGUACUGAAAAAAUAGUGCGUGUAAAGAGGAAGAGAGCAGUCUAAGGCAGCAGCAGUUGUUACGAUAGCUGAGUCAGGAAGAUUUAUCGAGUGAAAGAUGGGAAAGGGCGAUCCGAAUAAGCCAAAGGGCAAGAUGUCCUCUUAUGCUUAUUUUGUCCAAACGUGCAGAGAGGAGCACAAGAAGAAGCACCCGGACACGGCGGUCAAUUUCUCGGAGUUCUCCAAGAAGUGUUCGGAAAGGUGGCGGACCAUGUCGGCCAAAGAGAAGGGCAAGUUCGAGGAGCUGGCAAAGAACGACAAGUCCCGCUACGAGCGCGAGAUGAAGAAUUACAUCCCGCCCAAGGGAGAGAAGGGCGGCAAGAAAAAGAAGGACCCCAACGCCCCGAAGCGUCCUCCGUCCGCCUUCUUCCUGUUUUGCUCGGAGCACCGUCCAAAGAUAAAGGGGGAUAACCCUGGCAUUUCCAUCGGUGAUGUGGCCAAGAAGCUGGGCGAGAUGUGGGCCAAACAGUCGGCCAAGGAUAAAGUGCCCUUUGAGCAGAAGGCUGCCAAGCUAAAGGAGAAGUACAACAAGGAUGUCGCGGCCUAUCGUGCCAAGGGAAAGACAGAUGUUGGGAAGAAGGGACCCGGCAGGCCAACUGCGUCCAAAAAGAAGGCCGAACCCGAGGAUGAGGACGAUGAAGACGAGGAGGAUGAAGAGGACGAGGAAGAUGAGGAAGACGACGAGGAGGAGGAAGAUGAUGAUGAGUGAUGUGCUGUUUUUAAGUAUGAAGACUUUAAGCUGGAAUUUAUUUACAGAAUUGGAAUGUGAACUCGUUUGCAGCUUAAUGUUAGCAAUGGUUGUGUUUUUAAAGAAAAUGUACAGAGAUGUGUAUAGCUGUAAUCCAUAAUAGGGUCAUGUUCUUUUGUUUUUUAUGUAAGUAGUGGCUGAAUAUGAUGAAAGCACUGCUUUUCUACUAGGGUGUGCCCUUUUCCAGGUAUAUAUAUAUAUUUUCAUGGCCUCUUCCACUUUUUAAACUUGCUGUGAUGUAGUAGUUAAGUAGUACAUACAGCAGAAGGCAAAUUAAACUUUUUUUUU